GUUAUUUUCUGCUGUUCUUCAAGGGCAGCGAAGCUUCUUGGAAGCUUUGGCUUGAGCGUACAGUGAGGAACCUCCGUUUGUCAAGGGUGACCUCUUCCUCAACCUGUUUGCAGUAUUACCUGUGGUCCCCACUACAGUCAUCAUGCCUCGUGGCCAGAAGAGCAAGCUCCGUGCCCGUGAGAAGCGCCGCCAGGCCCGUGAUAAAAAUGCACUGGAGGGACAAGCCUCUCCAAGUCCUUUCUUUGACUGUCCACAUCAGACUAUUCCUGUUGCUGGUAUGCCUACACCUCCCAACAUGCCAAUGGGAGCUGAUUCUACCUAUUCAGACACAUAUGCAAAUACACAUGCCCAAAACCUAGAUGAGAAAAGUUCGGAUGACUCCGACGACGUUGAGGACUGGUGUAAAGAUCCUAUAAACCACAAAGUUGUCUUACUGGUACAAUUCCUGAUAGAGAAGUAUCGAAAGAAAGAAGUUAUCACAAAGGCAGAUAUGCUGAAGUCUGUUAUCAAAACAUCUAAGAAUCACUUCAAUGAGAUCCUGAAGAGAGCUUCAGAGCACAUGGAACUGGCCUUUGGUGUUGAUCUGAAGGAAGUAGAUCCAAACAGGCACUGUUAUGCCCUUUUUAACAAACUUGAAUAUACCUUUGAUGGAGUGAUGGGUGAAGAAAAAUUGCCCAAUAGUGGCCUCCUAAUGAUUGUGCUGGGUGUGAUAUUCAUGAAAGAUAACUGUGCCUCUGAAACAGAGAUUUGGAAUGUGCUGAGUAUGAUGGGUGUAUAUGCUAAUAAAAAACACUUCAUCUAUGGAGAUCCUAAGAAGGUCAUCACUGAAGAAAUGGUACAGCUAAAAUACUUGGAGUACCGACAAGUGCCCAACAGCAAUCCUCCAUCUUUUGAAUUCUUGUGGGGUCCAAAAGCCCGUGCUGAGAUCAGCAAGAUGAAAAUCUUGGAGUUUUGGGCCAAGAUCCAUGAUACUACACCAGAUUCCUUCGCAACCUUGUAUGAAGCAGCUCUCAAAGAUGAUGAAGAAAGAGCCCAAGCCAGGGCUGCAGCCAGGGCUCGCACUGCUACAACAGCCAGUUCAUAUUCAAGAGCCAUGAUGCACAGCUCCCCCCCAUACUAAGUAAUGUUUAAGACUAUUUCAUCAAUAUUUGUAAAGGUCAGUAAGCUACCUAAUAGUGGAAGGUUAAUAUAUUAUGAAGGGAGCAAGUGCUUAUAAUAUUUCUAUUUCUCGUUUAUAUUAGUAAAGUCCAGUUUUACUUUUACCCUCUUGUAAUUCUAGGUUACACACCAAAGGUUGAAGUCUGAGGAAGAUUUUCUUUGUGGAAAUUAAGGACAAUGGACAAUUUAAAUAGUAGAUGGACACUCUAGAAGGAGCACAUUGAAUAUCACUGUUGCAUUCUUAUGCCAUAUUUAAGUUUCAUUUCACUUUUUUGUGUUAUAUUUCAGAUGUUUCUUGUAAAAGGUUUCAGUAAUUUAAAAUGUAAAAUAAGUAACACUUAUACAUUUAUAGUUUGAUGUUUUGGGAGGAAGAGUCACUUUUCUUUAGGGGUGUGACUGCUGGUAUGUUCUCCAUGUCCCAGUGGACUAAUGUACACCUGGACCCAUAUGGGUAGCACUAACUGGACUUAACUAUUUUGUUAUUUUUAGACAUGUAUAGGAAGAAAGGGAGAGCUCCGUGUCAUUUUGAAUUUACCAGUUUGUUCAAUAUUAGCGUUUUGCUGGCUCAGUGAGUAAAAUCUGGGUCAAAAUAUAGUUGGUGAUAAAUAACACUGAGAUAGCAUAAUGAGAGGAUACUUAGUUCUUAGUUUUCUUUAUUUCACUUCAUUGUAUACAAACAAAAUGUAUGUACUUUGUUUUACUGUGGAAUUUAGGUGAUAAUAAAGUUUUUAAGCUGUAA